UUCAUUGCAGCUUCUUAGUUAAGAUUUACAACAAAACAAUACAUCUUAUUAAGCUAUAAAUUUUGCGAAGAAUGUUAAAAACGUUUAUUUUACCUUUAAUCAUCAAGCUACGAUCAACUGUUAAAAAUGAAGGGGGUAGUGCUAUUGUUUUUACUGGGAGCCGUAUACUCAGUAUACUCAGUGCCAGCUCCGUCUUUCUUGGAUAGUGUAAGUGACUGCUAUGAUUACAAGGAAAAAUUCUGGAGCUUUGACAACUUUAAGAGUGAUUAUAGUGAUAAAAAAGUUGCUUACAGAUUUGGGUUUGAACAACUAGACGGUACGAGGCAAGAACAAGAAGGAGAAUUCAUAAACAAAGGCGGAGAGGACUUCCUGUCUGUCAAUGGUUUUUACUCGUACAUAGGCAACGAUGGUGUAAGGUACACUACUAAAUACAAAGCCGAUGACAAUGGAUACCAGCCUAUUAUAGAACAAGGCCCUGGAGGAAGCGUUCCCGAUGCUGUAGUUGCAUCUAUGCUUGGAUAAACGAAACCUGA